UUCAUAACACGAGCACAAGGUUCUCUGCCGUUGACCUUGGUCGACCUUUGAGCUGAACACACAUCUCGUCCCUCAUCCUCGGGUCGGUCACUUUAAUAACAUCACACAUGCCGAAGGACAAGGACACAUUUCUCACUGUGUGGUCGAGAAAGUUACUUUUUAUUUACCGAAUAACGCUGAGCAUCAAACAUCUCACACCAGGUCGGCUGCAACAUUGGACAACGAGCCCAAACUCUGAGAGGAUAACGAGACGUUGGAGACGCUGGUCUUAGUUUUCACGUGUAAGGCCACUCGGUGUCGUGGAUCUGCUCCUCAGCAGAGCCGCAGCCACCACGUCCUCCGACAGCUUCUGGGCAAAAUCCAGCACCUGCUGGGUGGCCGGAGGAAGGUCCGGAGGACAUCCGACCGCUGGUGUCUCCUCUGGACAUCCAGUGUCCUUCUGGUCCCUUAAAAAGACUUGUGUCUCUCCGUGCUGGUGUUUGUCCACGGCAGCGUCCUCCUGUCGGUCCCGGCAGCGUACGGACUCGGUACAUCCCAUCUCAGCGUCGGAUCUCCUCCAUCGCCGCAGGGAGAAGGACCCUCCAGAAUAAAAGACCACGUCCUCCAAGAAGUGUUUUCCCCAAAACAAGCCCCCCCUCAGCCGCGGGUCUCUGUUUAACAACCAACAAGUGUGUAAAAGGUCACCUCGCCCAGUAAAUAAUAAACUAUAAAGCACAUAAACAGCCUGCACGCUUCUGCUUUCUGCUGAAUUUCAACUUAACAACGAUAGCCGAACUUUUCUUUACGAAAAGAUGAUUAUAGAUCUGACAAGAAGAAGAAUACGAUUGUUUCCAAGAGUCCAAAAGCUGCAAAGGUCCCGUGUUGAAUAUAAUUGUAUGAAUGAGUUGUUGCAGGGUUGUUGAUCCGGGUUUGUGCAGCAGGUGCACAGCUCCAUCCAGCGUGGAGCUGAACCACUUAAUCAUUUAUACAAGUUUAAAGUUUGAUUUUUUAUUUCUUGCUUUGAACUUUUUACAUGUUACGGACGCUCUUGUCCAUAUUUUUCUCUUGUUGGACGACUUUACAAAUUCAGAAUUCCAGGACCGAACAUCUAAUGAGUUGAGGCUGACUGCUGAUUCAAAUAGAUUAAAUCUAUUUUAAAUGAUUAUAACAAGAUCAGCAAUAACAUCUCCUGCUGGAAAGCGGCAUCUUUGAAUAAGUGAUUAAUAAAACUGCAUCAGUCAAAUAGACGUCUUCACUCCGGCUCCAUCACUCGAACACGACAAGUCCUGCUACCUCUUUAAAUCUGCCUUCUGAUCACACAAGGAUCCUCCUAGCAGCCAAUCACAAGGUCCGAGGCCCGAGGACGGACUCAUAUCAGACAGCGACACUGCACCGACCUCCUCUUCUUCAGGAUGCUCCUCUUCCUCUGGCUGGUCGUCUUCUCGGCGGACCUCUCCGUGGAGGCGAACCGGACCUCUGAGGCGCCGGCGGAGAGCGCGGAGCAGUGCUCUGCCUGCGACCUCCGGGAGCACAGCAAGCAGAUGAGGCUCCACGGCGUCAAGUCCCAGAUCCUCAGCAUCCUGCGGCUGGAGCAGGCGCCCAACAUCAGCCGGGACACGAUCCGCCAGCUGCUCCCCAAAGCGCCUCCUCUCACGCAGCUGCUGGAGCAGUACGACCCGCGGGUGGAGGAGGAGGAGGAGGAGGCGCACGCCACCACAGAGACCAUCAUCACCAUGGCCACCAAGCCUGAUCCCGUGGCCCAGGCCGAGUGGUCCUCCUGCUGCCUCUUCAGCCUCAGCCCCAAGAUCCAGCCCGAGAACAUCCUGCGCGCUCAGCUGUGGGUUCACCUGCGAGCGGCCGACGUGGUCACCGCCGUCUCCCUGCAGAUCUCACGCCUCCAGGCGGGGAAGGGGGGCAACAGCACCCGGGUCAGCGUCCCCCCCCGGAAGGUCGGCGCCGGCUCCUGGCAGAGCGUGGACAUCGAGUCUCUGCUGCAGGCGUGGCUGCGUCAACCGGAGGCCAACUACGGGAUCGAGAUCAACGGCUACGCCGACGACGGCGAAGACCUGGCGGUGACCUCGGCCAGGCCCGGGGAGGCCGGACUGGAACCCUUCAUCGAGGUGAAGAUCCUCGACGUUCCCAAAAGGUCCCGCCGGGACGCGGGUCUCAACUGCGACGAGGAGUCCGCGGAGACCCGCUGCUGCCGCUACCCGCUCACCGUGGACUUCGAGGAGUUCGGCUGGGACUGGAUCAUCGCCCCCAAGCGCUACCGGGCCAACUACUGCUCCGGGGAGUGCGAGUUCACGCACCGGCAGCAGUACCCGCACGCGCACCUGGUGAACAAGGCCAGCCCGCGAGGCCCGGCGGGGCCCUGCUGCACGCCCACCAAGAUGUCGCCCAUCAACAUGCUCUACUUCAACCGCAAGGAGCAGAUCAUCUACGGGAAGAUCCCGUCCAUGGUGGUCGACCACUGCGGCUGCUCCUGAGCCCCCCGGGAGGCCUCGCUUCGACCCGUUCCCUUUUAUCAAUGAGAUGAGCUUCGUCGCAGCAACGUCCCGUCUAUGAAAGAGACGUCCAAAGUGUUCUAAUUUAAUCUGUGCUUUCAUCCAAUAGCAAAGAUCGAGAUCGCACCAGACCAAACAUUACAGAAACAAGAGAACAGAGAUCCCAGAGAUCCAGAGUCUCUUGUGACAACGUGUCCUGAGAUGAGCUUUGACCAAAGCGAACCCAGCAGGAAGUCUUCCCCCUCCCGCCUUUAUUAUGAAAAACAUGAACCGCCUGACUCGGCCUUCUCUGUCCCGAAGCGUGUUUGUAAAGUCCUCGCUGUGAUCUGUCCUUUAGACCAGUGGUCCCCAACCUUUUUUACCUCACGGACCGUUUUCCAUGUCAGACAAUAUUUCGCGGACCGGUCGAGAAGGUCCGACUGGGAGGGGGGGCAGC